AUGGCCAACCCCCGCAUUGAAGAGAUCGCCGACGAGCCCGAGAAGAAGAAUGUCCAGAUCGAGGAGGACGAGUCCAGCGACGAGUCUGAGGGCGACGAGGGCGAGGCCAACAUCCCCACGGGCGCCUCCGUCGCCGUCCACUCUCGCAACGAGAAGAAGGCUCGCAAGGCCAUUGCCAAACUCGGAUUGAAGCACAUUGAGGGCAUCACACGCGUCACCCUCCGCAGGCCCAAGAACAUCCUCUUCGUCAUCAACCAGCCGGACGUCUACAAGUCCCCCUCAAGCAACACCUGGAUCAUCUUCGGUGAGGCCAAGAUUGAGGACUUGAACUCGCAGGCCCAAGCCUCCGCCGCGCAGCAAAUCGCCCAGGCUGAGGCAGCCUCGCACGACCACUCUGGCCACGACCACGACCAUGACCACGACCACGGCAAGGGCAAGGGUAAGGCCGUCGAGGACAAGAAGGAGGAAGAGGAAGAGGACGACGACGACGAGGUUGAUGACUCUGGCAUCGAGGCCAAGGAUAUCGAGCUCGUCAUGCAGCAGGCCAGUGUCUCGAGGAAGAAGGCGGUCAAGGCUCUCAAGGAAAACGACAAUGACAUUGUCAACUCCAUCAUGGCGUUGAGCAUAUAA